AUGCAGCGUCGAAUGCUAAGCAAAGAGGACGAGGCCGCGACCGAGGACAUCGAGGUCCGUCGCGAGGACCAGGAGAAAAUCAACAAAUUCAGCACGCUACAUCAGAAGGAGACGGGGAUCGAGGAGGAGCUGAAGGGGAAGCAGAAGGAGAAGGAGGACUUGGAAGAGAUUUCUAGCGAGCUGGAACUCGUCGAUGAGGACGAGAAGGUGCCGUACAAGAUUGGCGACUGCUUCGUGUCGCUGCCCCAGUCGGAGGUGCUCGAGCUGCUCACUGCAUCAACGGAGGAUAUCGACAAGGAUGUCACGAAGCUCGAGGAGAGGCUGAGCGCGGUCCGAGAACACAUGUCGGAGCUGAAGGUGGCAUUGUAUGCACGAUUCGGCAGAAGUAUCAACCUGGAGACGUGAGGGCUACGGAGUAUCAAAACCAGAAUCACAAUAUCAGACUUCCAUCUUGGUCCUUGGGACGGGAUCACCUGCAUGAUCAGUUCCAAUUUUUUCCAUUUUUCCUUGGUGUGAUAGCUCUAUGCUGAAAUACCCUCAUCAAGUCCGGCCUCUCCAUCUCAGCAUCUUUCAUAAAGUCUUUUGCGGGCCCCUCAACGAUUCACGCAUGCCUCGUCCUAUCGCUAGCCACUGACGCUCCUGUGGCUUAUUCCCGCCUUUGACGGUUAUGCACGCCCUUCUC